CCUCUCGCACUGUAUCUUCUUCUUCCCCUACUUCUCUCUUCUCUUCUCCAAUCUCCCCACCCUUAACCCCCCCGCCUCCCUCACUGCUUUUCCUACACACCCCUCCUUUUCUAUACCAAUCAAUCAAACAAUGGGCAAGGGUGGUGCUCUCAGCGAUGGUGUCAUCAAGAAGAUCUUGCUAUCCUACACCUACGUCGCCAUAUGGAUCUUCCUCUCCUUCACCGUCAUCGUUUACAACAAGUACAUCCUCGACAAAAAGAUGUACAAUUGGCCCUUCCCUAUCUCACUUACCAUGAUCCACAUGUCCUUUUGCGCUACUCUUGCAUUUCUCCUCAUCAAGGUCUUCAAAUUCGUCGAGCCUGUCUCUAUGUCACGAGAUCUUUACCUCUCGUCCGUUGUCCCCAUCGGCGCUUUGUAUUCUCUCAGUCUUUGGCUCUCUAACUCUGCCUAUAUCUAUCUCUCCGUUUCAUUCAUCCAGAUGUUGAAAGCCCUAAUGCCUGUCGCCGUUUACUCCAUCAGCGUUCUUUUCAAGAAGGAGAAUUUCAAGACUGAUACCAUGGCUAAUAUGUUGUCGAUCUCCUUUGGUGUCGCUGUGGCAGCUUAUGGUGAGGCAAGAUUUGACACGUGGGGGGUUAUUUUGCAAUUGGGUGCCGUUGCUUUUGAGGCAACUAGAUUGGUAAUGAUUCAAAUCUUGCUCACAUCAAAGGGAAUUACUUUGAAUCCUAUUACGUCUCUGUAUUAUGUUGCACCUUGUUGUUUGAUUUUCUUGGUUGUUCCCUGGAUUUUUGUGGAGUUGCCGGUAUUGAGGAGCACAUCCAGUUUCCAUUUUGAUUUCGUGAUAUUUGGGACUAAUUCUCUUUGUGCUUUCGCAUUGAAUCUUGCGGUUUUCUUGCUUGUUGGAAAGACAUCUGCUUUGACUAUGAAUGUGGCUGGUGUUGUUAAGGAUUGGUUGUUGAUCGCGUUUUCGUGGUCUGUGAUUAAGGAUACCGUGACUCCGGUGAAUCUGUUUGGAUAUGGGUUGGCGUUUUUGGGGGUUGCCUAUUAUAAUCACUCGAAAUUGCAGGCAUUGAAGGCGAAGGAAGCACAGAAGAAGGCUGCACAGGCUGAUGAGGAAGCAGGGAAGUUGUUGGAGGAGAGGGAAGGUGAAGGAGGAUCCAUGAAGAGGAAUGAGUCUCAGGAUUGAUUUAUGAGUUAUGAAAUUAUGAAAAUAAGUGCAAGGAGAGGAGGGUGAUGAAGAAAAAGGGUUUCUGAGUUGGGAGAAAAGAUUUUUUUCUUUUGCUCAUGGAUGCAUUUUAGUUUUGGUUUAUUGUGCUAGUUUAUUAUGGGUAUGAGAUUCAUUUCUUGUUGCUUACAGUGCCGAAUCAUGUAUGUUAGUAGAGUAAGAAUCUCAAAUACCCUGUAUCUUUUUGUUGUUUUGUUAUCAUUUUAACUCAUUAUGUGUCUGUAGGUGUUACUUCUUCCAUUGAUGGAGUUUUAAUGCUUAUUUAUUCAUAUAUA